UUCACCAACACGUGUGCAUGUGUGCGAGCCCACUCGUGGCACCCGACUAUGACGGCUCGUAGAUUUGACAGCUAGCUCAAUGCGGGUUCAGACGUUCAUUAUACGCCGACCAACGUAAUUUUCGUGACAGUUUAUUUACGUGCGACAAGGACAGUGAAUUGUGCUGAAGUUUGAACAAAUUCGGAGUGCUUAAAAGUGGUUGUUUGUAUUGUUUACCCGCGAACUUGAACUUGGGCGAUACUAUUUCUGCCCAAUUUGCCGAUUGAUUUGUGACAUGCCCCGUCUGGAAAGCUUAUGAUGUCCUCAAUUAGAUGCGCUCCGCUGGAAAUCAGUUCGAGGGGCUACAGUAUGAAUAAAAUAUCGUCUGCGGUUUGGUGGUCCCAACUAGACCGAAUGAUAUUAUUAACUUGGACGAGUGGAAAAAAAUAAAUUAUCCACUCUAAUAAGAACGCGAAAGACAAGCUAAAUCAAUUAUGUCAAGGAAAAGGUGAUAUAUUCUGAAACUUUAGUUGCAUUUAUUUUCUAAUUUAUUAUGUGGACAAUAUAAUAUUUUUAUACAAACAGUGCAAACUAAGUAGUGUUUAACAGAGAUUGAGUGAUAUGUUAAUAUUUUUAUACAAAAUUUUAUAAAUUCGUAAGGAAGCAAAUUGGAUAUUUUACACAUUAGAUUCGCCGAGGAACCGAUGAAGAGACACCGUCCGUUGGCACCGCGUGAAACGCCAGUGAGACCGAUCGCUGUCGUGUAGUGAAUGGAAUCCGAAGUGUUUGUGUGGUGACCAAACGGUGGUAGUGUCGGCCCGAGCGGCCGAGUAUCUGCGACGGAAGAUACGGACGCGAGCCACGCGGGCUGUGGGCCCGCGAUGAGCGCCAACAAUUGCGACAGCAUGACAUAUUUCUCCAACGCAUACAUGCCGGACAUGAGGAACGGAGGAGGGCAUGAACACCAGCAGGCGCAUGCGCACUACGGCGCGGUGCCGCAGCAAGGGCAUGAGAUGGAGGGCUGCGACCAGCAGCUCAGGCCCGCACAGCACCACUAUCCAGCGCAGCCGGCGCCAGGAAUGCCAUACCCUAGGUUUCCACCUUACGACCGAUUGGGUUAUUAUCAGCAAAUGGAACAGAAUGGCUAUCGGCCCGACAGUCCGUCCCAGAUGGGGCACAUGGGUCCGAAGUCGGACGGAUACGGUCCUAAUGGUCACCAGCCCCCUGCGCCUGCGGUGUACACGUCGUGUAAGUUACAGGCGGCGGCAGCGACGGCAGGUGGCGUGCCGGGCAGCCCGCCGCUCGAACAGGCGCAGCAGAUGCCGCACCAUAUGCACCCGCAGCAGCACAUGGUGCAGCACGGCGUGCCCCCACACCAGCAGCACCUCAUGUACCCGGUGGACGACAUGCAGCAUCAGACACAGAUGCCCCCCAUGCACCAGCAGUCCAUGCACGCGCAGCAACCUCCUCCUCAGCAACCUCCGCCGAACACCAACGCGUCGCUGCCUAGUCCACUCUACCCUUGGAUGCGGAGUCAAUUCGAGAGGAAGCGGGGGCGACAGACCUACACGCGGUACCAGACGCUCGAGCUGGAGAAGGAGUUCCACUUCAACCGGUACCUGACGCGGAGGAGACGGAUCGAGAUCGCGCACGCGCUCUGCCUCACGGAGCGGCAGAUCAAGAUCUGGUUCCAGAACCGGCGCAUGAAGUGGAAGAAGGAAAACAAGACCAAAGGCGAGCCGGGAUCCGGAGACGAGCCGGACAACAUGAGUCCGCCCACCUCGCCACAAUAAAGGCCUCCUUUAGCUUAGUCCAAAGCCCACGUGACUGACCGAUCCUCUCAGAUUUCAUCCACUCAUUCCAGAAAGUUGUAUCCAUUUGGUUCCGAACUUUAAAUUUACUUUGAAAUACUUCGACGAACUGAUAAAUCUGAAACGAUCGGUCUAGGGCUGAAGUUACUAGAACAGUUUAAUUUGUAUAAAUUGUAUGUUGGACUUUUCAUGAUAAUAUUACAUUAUAACUAAUACGUAACUUAGUGAUUUCGCAUAAAGAGUAAUGAUAGUGUGAUGAAGAGAUUUUUACAGUUGUUAAGUAUAAAUUAAUUUAUAGAACAAUCUCAAUACCAAUAAUUACCAAAAAGGCAGUGUAUAUGGUUAGUAAACUGCAUCGACAUUUGCAUAAUGUGAUUAUAGUCGGAUAAUGUUCUGUUGGGAAAUUUGAAAUUGUCACUAUUUAUUUGAAACAUUGGUUACUUACGUACUUAUACAAUUUUCAUAAAGAGCUUGACGUUAUGUUUUUCAUAGAAAAUACUACUUCUAAUUAAUUUCUCCCUAUAAUUUCUGUUAAAAACGUAAAUUUUGCUGAUCCCAUUUUACAGUCUCUCAUUGUAAAACUCAAGCUCUUUGUGCAAAACUAAUUAAGGAAAAAUCUUCCAUAAUUUUGAAUCACAAAACCACAAGGACCUCUUAUAAUUAACCAUUGAUAAGAAGGCAAUUAGUAUGGAUAUUGUUAUUAUUUAAUAUAUUUGAUGUUUUAUUUCUUAUAAGCUAUGGAAAUGCUAUUCUGUACAUAAAUACAAGAUAAUUUUUAGAAUUUAUAUGUACAAUUGUUUUAGUGUGAAUACUAUUAUUGAGAUUAAUUUGAGAAACAACGAUAAGUUCGGGUUAUAUUCAAGUGAUUGCGUUCAGUUUGUGAAUCUUCUGAAUUCUGACUCUGCAUGUAUAUGUAGGUUGGGAAGGCCAGUUAUACAAGUGCAAUGUAUACGAUUUUUCGAUGACACAUAUACGUAAAUAAUACUGAUAAUAAACGUCAUAGGAAAUCUAUUAUUAUUGUAAAUGUUACGAGAGUGAAGCUUAUAAUUUAGAUGAAGACAUUUAUCGAGAUCAUCAAAUAUUCUUUGAUAAACUUCUACUACAUGGACAAAAUGAAUGUUGUGCCAUUCAAUGGAGAUAAAUAUCUAAAAGACAUCUCGGACUUGAUAUACGUAAACAUAGACAAUCACUAAUUUAUAAAGAAACAAAGUUACCUUCAGUUGUAAGGGCAGAAAAACUUAAUUAUUUCUCUUAUUUGAAUCUUAUAUGGGAUGUAGGUAUGAUGUUACGUGUACACAGUAUACCAAAGUUAGGAAAUAAACUGCUGGUAGUUCAAUGUUGUACGAAUGCAGUGUCUGUGGAAGAGCAGGCUUCUUCAUCACUUGGCGUUUCAUAUACAAGUCUCGUCGAGACAUUUUAGGAGAAGGUAUUUUUAUAAAAUCAUUGCCUAAGGAAACCAAUAUACGUAAAGAAAAUAUCGAACAUAAUAUAUUUACUCGUAACACGAUAGUUGUACGACUAAUAUUAAUAUUGGAGAGUGAAAUUGGAAGGUUGAGCUACGUCAGGAUCCAAGUUAUACGUUUUUCGUAAUAAUGUAAACUAUUUGUAAAUUAAUUUUUCACAUAGAUUGUAACUAGUGAAUGUUUUAUAAGAAAUCAGUGAGCCGGUUUCAUUUUAUACAUAUUUUUUUUUAUUUUGUGCUGUGUUCGUUAAGUAAAUGUAAAUUGUAAUAAUUGUAUAUUGUCGAUAUAUUCAAUAUUUAUUUAUUGAUUCACUAGGUUCUUGCUUAACUAAGUUCGCUUUCACAUACUUCUUUUUUUAGACGAUUGGGUAAAGUUUUAUAAUUUAAAGAGCUGUCUGGCUGGGAUGCAUUUUGUUAAUAUUAUUUAAUGUUUGCUCAAGUAUCUCAUGUUUAUGUUGUAAAUUUAUUUCUAGCGGUAAGCAUUGUUUCGUCUUAUGUAACUUUUUAAAAGUAGAUUGUACCUAUGCAUGUUCAUCUUUUAUCGAUGACUUUAUAGAUUACCCUCAGUAAUAACCCCAGUGCAAUUUGAACUAAAAUAUCUAAUUUGUCCCUUGCCAGAUAGAAACUACAAGCUUUGGUUUGUAAAAUUUGUAAUUGGGUAAAAUUAGGUUUACGGAAAAUUACGAUUAAGUUACGAAUGUUAGGUCUACUGAACUGUCCUUAAAUUUUCAAAAAAUAGGUCUGUAGAGAAAUAUGGGAACCUAAUUUGAACGAUUUUAUUUACCAUUAUGUCCUAUCGAUUCAAAAUUUAUGAAAUAUAACUAUAAAUUAGUAACUUAAUAAGGUUAGGCGAGACGAUAUUGUCAUAAAUAUAUAAAUACAUGAAAUUAAUAAAGCAUAAUGAUUGUA